AUGUUGGCCAUGUCCAAAAUGUCCAACCCUGCGCUGCGGAUGUCUGUCCUUGCAGCAGCAGCGGUUACCCUUCUCGUCAUUCUUUUCACCUUUUUCCAAGAGCCCUUGAAGGCCCCUCUAGACUAUGCUCACCAAAAGGCACAACAAUACUGCGACCAAGAUCAUUCCACCCCGGGUACCAAUGCCGAAGAAUUAGCUUCGGAUGACCCUGUCCCAGCAGAGGCCCGCAACUGUGUCGAUCCCUAUCGUCGCCCCGGCUAUCUCUACAUCCCGCAAGACUCAAAGCAGUACCACGAGACGAGAUACAUCCCAUACACCGAAGAAUAUCUCAACGCCGACGCCCCCGAGUACGCGCAAUACCCCGCUGCCGAGGGUGAGCUCAUCUUCAACGCGACCGAAGUCGAAACCGAGUUCCUCGAGUCCCCCGCCAACCCGCAGCCAUGGAUGCAAAAGGCUGUGGCCGAACACCGACGCCGAACCGAGGCCGCUCAACAGUCCAAGGAAGGAAAUCUUACGGUUGAAGACUUUGUCAGCAUGAAGAACGAUGCCGAACUUGGCUGGCUCUGGGGACGUCGCGUUGUCAUGUUCAGCGACUCUGUCGAUCGUUACAUGACACAGUUUUUCUGCGAAGAGUUUGACGGCGAGAUUACUUUCCCCGUGAAAGACGAGUCUGGACGAUUCUCUAAGGGCAUCUGCGACGUGCCCGCCUUCAACCUCACCCUCGUAUACCUCCACUCGACCGGAUCCUUCACCUACAAGCCCAAGUGGUGGUGGAAGCCCAAGAUCAAGUACGUUGCCUGGGAGGAGCGCUGGGAGAAGCUGUGGAAGCCCCAUGAGUCUCCCAUCCAGGGAGAAAAGGGCCGUCCCGAUCUUAUCCUCUGGCAGAACGGCCUUUGGGACCAGCGCGCUUUCUGGGAGGGUGGUUCAGCCAUGCAUAACCCUGAAGAGCUGCGCAUCGCUGAAAAGGGAAGACAGAUGGUGUGGCAGGAGGUGCGAUUUGUGACGGCUCGUAUCAGAAAGAUUGCGCAGCGUCUAAACGACGAGUUUGGCGCAGAUGCUCCUAUCAUGUUCAGGUCCUUGACUGUUCACCGAGAAACUGGCAUGGGAGAUGCCAUCAUGUUUGAUCUCGACCGUCUCGGAAGAGCCGUCGCCGAGCAAGCAGGACACGAGGUCUUCGAAUGGGGUCGUCUCAUCACCCUCCUCGGAACCUUGUAUAGAGACCAAAUGCACCCAGGCAAGGGACCUGGAAGCUGGCUCUGGGGCAACAUGCUCCUCGAGUACCUAGCGAGAUCCGUUGGAUCCAAGGUCGGCGGCGAGACAAGAUCACCGUUCUUUGACGGAUGGGAUGCCUGCCACAAGGAUCUGUCAGGCUGGGGAGGACGAUAA